AUUUAUUUAUUUAUUUAUUCUUAUAUAAAACUUUAAAAUGUCUGCCUCAGCUGAUCAAAUUCAAGAAUGUUUCUCAAUCUUUGAUAAAGAUAAUGACGGUAAAGUCAAUGUUGAAGAUAUUGGUGCCUGUUUAAGAUCAUUAGGUAAAUCACCAACCUCAGCUGAAAUCGAACAAUUAAAAACUGAAAUUGGUGCUAAAGAUUUCGAUAUCAAUACCUUAAAAACCAUUUACAAGAAACCAUCAAUUAGAACUCCACAAGAACAACAAAAAGAAAUGUUAGAUGCUUUCAAAGCUUUAUCAAAAGACGGUAACAACACCAUCCCAGAAUAUGAAUUAAGACAAUUAUUAACUACUUUAGGUGAUUAUCUUACCAUCGCUGAAGUUGAAGAAUUAAUGAAAGAAAUCCAAGUUGACAAUAAUGGUAAUAUUAACUUUAACCACUUUGUCGAUGUCAUCGUUAACGGUUACCCAUUAUCAGGUUUCUAGAUUUUCAUCAAAUUUAUGGUUUAGUUUAGGUCUUGGAUUCUUGUCCAUGGUUUAAUUUUCACCAUAAUGGUUGUUGUAAUUUAAAAAAAAAUUUUAAAAAAAAAUAAUAAAACAUUUUAAAAAAAAAAAGCAAUAUAAACAAAUAUAAUAAUAUAAAUUGUAAUAAAAGUAAAAGUCU